UAAAGUUAGAUAUUUUAUUAUUGAUAAUGUGCUGCUUCUUUCCAGCUUGCAGUGAAAUUAACAAAAAAGUUCAUGAAUUUAAAAUAUAAAAUGGUAAGAAGAGAGAUAUAUUUUGCAUGUAUUCAAGGAAAAAAGUACUAUCGGUAAAUCUAUAACCAUUUGUGUGACAUGUAUUACUUAUUCAUCAGAUUUAAGCUAUUGUCUGAGAAGAUUGUCUGUUUAAUAUAAACCUGGGUCACGAUCAAAUGAGCAGGGACAAUCCCGCUUAGAAUGGCUUACACGGCUAUUCACCGAGUACCUGAUACAAAGUCCUUCUAAGGACACACUAUAGGAAUUAUUUGUAUGAAAUAUUUGACUUAGCUUUAAUGAAAGAAGAUAAACUAAAUUUCAGUUAAUGUUGGACCUAGAAAACUGACAGACUGGUCAUUCUUUCUUGACCAAAUGGGGAUUUUAAAAAGCUUCAAAGGUGCCAGAGUGAUGUAACUUUUAAAGUGCAAAACUGGAAUUUAUUUUCUAACUUUUUGAUAACAGGUGGACUAUUUGGAUUAAGACAUUUGCUAAUAUUCUGAAAAGGAUGGUGCCGGAUAAUGACUGACUAUUCCCUGAUUGAGGACCUGACACACCUUGUGGGGCCACUCACUGAGGAGACAGUGGUACGAUGUCUUCAGGCCAAGUUCUACUCACAAAGGUUUCAGUGUAAGCUUGGCCCAGUGAUAGUCUCCCUGAACAACAACCGCUACCGUCCUUCUGCACGCUGUUUGCUCGAGUCCACCAGACCAGAUUCCUUUCUUGACCAUCUGGUCCGUGAGGCAGUUACCCAACAUGCAGACACUGGUCACUCUCAGGCCAUUAUCUGCAGUGGGGAGAGUGGGAGUGGUAAGACAUUUUCUGCCAUGCACAUGUUGCGUCAGCUGUUUGACCUGGCUGGUGGGGGCUCAGAGACUGAUGCCUUCAAGCACCUGUCUGCCACACUGACAGUUCUCAGAUCUUUGUGUUCAGCUGCAGCAGUCACAAACUCGGAGUCAAGCCGAGUGGGAUUUUUCAUUGAGAACUUUAUCACUGAUUCAGCCAUUUACAGAACAAAAAUUCACUCCUACCUGUUGGACAGGGACAGAGUGUGUUCAGUUCAACAAAAUGAGAGAAACUACCACAUUUUCUAUCAGAUGCUAGCUGGCCUAGGACCUGAAGAAAAAGCCAAGCUACACCUGACAGGGUACUCGAUGCAUAACCUUAGCUACCUCAGUUUAGGCAACACAUAUGUCUGGAACGAAAUGGAGGAGAAAUCUCGAUUUGAUGCAUGGAAGAGUUCUCUUGCUGUUCUGGGAAUUCCCUUCUCGGAUGUCAUGAGGAUUUUCUCUGCCAUUUUGUUGUUGGGUAACAUAGAAUUUAUAGAAGGGAGUGGAUUGGAGCUAGAUAUCAUUGGGAACAAUGAAAUCAAGGCAGUAGCAGCAUUACUAGGUGUGUCUGGUGUUGCUCUCUACAGAGGAUUCACCACGCGCACCCGUAACACACGAGGUCAGCUGUGUAAAUCACUGGCAGAUGCUAACACAGCAAAUGCAACAAGAAAUGCUUUAGCAAAGUCCCUCUACAGUAGAACCGUUGCAGCAAUAUUGAAAAGGGCCAACAACUUACGAAGGCCAACCAUCAACUCUUCACUGUCUGGAAGCACAGAGUCCAAUCUCCAUCAUGUUGAUCCAGGAGGAAUGUCAUUCUCAGAGCAGAUGUUUUCAAGAAGUUCCUCCAUUAGGUCAGGUUAUGAGAAGGCUAAAUAUGAUGGUUUUAUAAGCAUCAUAGAUAUGUUCGGAUUUGAAACGGCACAGAAAAAUCAGCUUGAACAACUUUGUAUGAAUUUGUGUGCAGAAACUAUUCAGCAUUUCUACAAUACACACAUAUUCAAGAGCACAAUGCAAGCUCUGAGGGAUGAAAAUAUUCAGACAGAAGUCGAAGUUCGUUACCUUGACAAUGAACCAAUUUUAGAGCUGUUAACGUCACAGAGGAAUGGAAUACUUAGCAUUCUGGACAUUGAAUGUGCUCAGCCUAGAAGUAGUACAGAAGUAUUCACUGCAAAAGUGAAAGCUCACCACAGAGUUAAUAAUUAUUUUUUUGAGCCUUUACCAAAGACGGACACCAUCUUUGGGAUCCGUCAUUUUGCUGGGAGGGUGGUAUAUGACACCAAUAACUUUCUGCAGAAUAACCGAGACAUUUUAGCAGACGAUGUGGUGGCAGUGUUCUCUAAACAAAACUGUAACUUUGGAUUUGUGUCUCAUCUGUUUACUCAGGAAAACAAACAACAUGCUGGUGAUUUAAGCUCAGGACCACAGGGAUUAAAGCACAGAAUCUUGCCAAAUUCUUCUGAUUUCAAAUUAAAUGGAGCAAGAGGUACUCUUUCAUCUGAUUUUCAAACCAAACUGGACAAUCUGUUGAAAACAAUGAUGCAUGCCAAACCGCACUUUGUUCUCUGUUUGAAGACAAAUGACCGGAGUGAGAUGGACAUGGUUGAUGGAGAUGUGAUCAUCAGACAGCUUAGGUCUUUGCAAGUUCUGGAAACAGUUAACCUAAUGGCUGGAGGCAUUCCUCACAGAAUGAGAUACAAGUCUUUCAACAACAGAUAUAAAAUCUUCUUUGGUCAAAAGAAGCCUUAUCAACUGGAAACUCAACAGGAUCAAUGCAAGGCCAUACUAAACAGUUUCCUAAAGGCUAUGGAUGAGAGCAGGCUUCCUUAUGUCAGCACACAGUGGAUGUUUGGGAAAAAACAUGUUUUCUUCAGCGAGGGCACACGUCAGCAGUUAGAGGCAAUGAGAAGAGAGAGAAUCAACAAGGCAGCUGCCAUUAUCCAAGCCUAUUGGAAGGGCCAACAGUGUAGAAGAAACUGGUCACAACACAAAAAGCAGCUUGCCUCAGACAGAGACUCUAUCAAAUCUUCUCAGACCUGCUUUUCUUGGAAAUCCAACAAAUCAAAGAAAGUUGGUAUUAUAAGAAAAGAUGAAAAUCUCCUACAGCAAGCAUCCAAAUACUAUAACAUAAGUUUGGAGUCUGUCCCGUCAGUCCCUCCAAACAGAUCUUACUGUGUAGCUAAAAAUAUUAGAUUGGGAUACCCUCAUCAUCGCAUCAUGAAGGAUGACUUUCCUAAAGAGGCUAUGGAUGGGACAGUUCUGUGUCGGGGUGAAGAAGUGGAUGUAGUAGGGCCAUCAUCAAAGCGAGGUCACCUGAUUGUCAAAAACAGAGAUUUAGUGAUGGAUGUACCUUAUCAUUUACUUGACCUCAAGACAAUACCUGAACUACCAGCAAUGGACAUAUGACAAUCAACACUGGUGGAAAUAGUGCAAUUUUACAAGGACUUUUGUUAAUCGUAUUUCAGCAAUUAUUACCUUAUUUAUGCAUUUAACAGUUUGUAGAGUAAAUGGUGUGCAUGUGUGUCAUGUCAUUUGUUUUGAAUGGAGAAUGCACUCCCUGUUUUAAAUUACACUGGGUUACAUGGAUAUUAGAAUCACCUGCUGAAUAUAUCACAUUCAAUGAGUAAGUAUUAAAAUAUGAUAGUUUGUAGACUUUACUCUUUGAAGGAAGGUUGAAUGAAAAUAAAAUUGGACUUUAUAGUAUCUAAUAUUAGGAGAUUACUGUAUACUCAAGUAAUCUAAAUAUAUGUAUUCAAACGGGUUACCAAAAUGAUAUCUAUUCCGUGCCAUUCACCAUAUGGAUGCAGUGUACUACUUCUUGGUUCAUCUUGACAUCUAAUAUGUAAUUGCAUUCAAGAGCAGGUUCUUAAAAUCGUAGAAUAUAAUUACAGUGCUCCCUCAAUAUAAUGCCCCCCUUAUGUUAUAAUAACAUCCCCGCUUAUUGCCUGAAAAUCCUAAUGAACAGAUUUCUCCCCAUGUUAACACCCCAGCUAUAAUGCCAACCGUGCUUAAUGCCAUAUGCCACUGAUUUUCACAAACAAAUGGUCAAAUUUUAUAGGGUUCACUCUUGAUAAUAAUGCCAAUUACCUAACACCCAUCAGUUAUCCCAUCUUUACUUUGAGGGCAGUGUGGUGAAGUGUGGGGUGGUCAGGUUAAUUUCAAAUAAUUGCUGAAUAAAAUCUAAAUGUUUACACAGAAUGUAGCCCAAAUAAAUUACAAAAGUGAAUCUCUUUUGACUGCUCAGUGAAUUGUCUGUAAUGGUGAAUUCGUUAUCUUGCUAUCCCCGCUUUAUUGCCCAAAUCGAUCUUGAACGUAAGUUGGCAAUAUAUCAAAGGAGCACUGUAUAUUAAUUUUCUUGUAUUUUCCUGUAAAUUCAGGCCAUGAAAUCCUGUUCUUCUGUACAUUUAUUUUCAAACUGACACGUGUAAAAUUUUGAACUGAUAAGAGCACAUUUAUUUAUCAAUGGUAUUAUGUAUUUAUUUUUUUUUUUUUUUUUACGUCAGUCUUAUAAUUUAUAUGUAGUUUGUAUAUGCAGUAUGACUAAAACUGGUUGUAGAAUUCUUCCUGAAAUUUUGUGAACAUUUUUAACAUUUUUCUGUAUGCAUGCUACUUUCACUGUAAACCGAUAUAAGUAAGAAUAAUCACUGUACUCAGGGAUGUGUUCACUAGAUAACAUACUAUGUCAUUAUAAGAAGUGCAUUUAUUACAUACAUGUUCUUGUCUCAUAACACAUAUAACUUUUAAAUGUUUUGUGAAUAAUGUGGACCAUGCUAGUUAGUCCAUUUUGUUAAAUGUAGUAGAAAUCGAUACAGUGUAUUGUAAACAAGUGGAUGCAUUUAAAAAAAUUGAGAUGGAAUUGAACAGUCUUUUUUGAAUAGUAUUCAAACUUAUUUGUUCGAUCAAUCCCAACCAUUAUAAAGAUUUUGGCAUGCACAUGUACAAUGUAGUUAAUCAUGAAAAUUAUUGGUGAUCAAAUUAAUUCAUCGAUAUCUGUUAUUGUUUUUAUAUUGAUUUGUUAUAUAUAAUUUUUUGUUUACCUCAGAAUACUGUGAUAUCUGUUUAUAACCAUGUUUAUAAACAAAUACAAGUGUGAAUGAACGCAAUAAUA